UGUCUUCUGGUUCCAAGAUGCAGUAAUCAACUAAGUUUGCAAACAAUGCUCAAGGGCAUGAGAAUGCGUAACCUAUCAUUGGCUGUUGUCCGUUUGCAAUUUUACAAUUGCCUCUACUGUGUUGCGUCUUCACAGAGCGCCACACUUAGCCUCGACUCUCACUCAAUUCUCUCACUUCACCCCGCUUGCCUCCAAUACAAAUCAACCACAGACCAGCACCACUUCGCAAUCCGGUCGCGAUCCUAGAGCGAGAGUUUUCUCCGUUUCAGCCCGGCGCAAGUUAAGUGGCAAUGGACAUCCCUCUGCGUCCACUCAUGGGCAAACCCGCCCAGCCCAGCAAUCGUCUUCUCGAUCUCUUCACCACAGGCGGUAAAGACAAACCCUCAGCUGAGCUUCGUCACGCCUUGUCCCUCCUUCAGGUGCGGGAUCUCGAUAGCCUUGAAAACCACUUUCUGGCACUCGAAGCCUUCUUGAAGCCGUGGUCUCACUACCGCGACACCUACCUUUUGCUUCGUCCAGAAUACCCGACGGUGCAACAGACCCAGGCUGUGAUCACCGCUGCUAGGGCUGACAGCACGACCAAGAGAUCCCACAUCCUUUGGUUCUAUACGCACUUUUUGAAUGGCGAGUUGAGGUAUGAUGCCCGCGCCGACGAGACUUCGACCAGCUUCACCCGCGACGAGACGCAAUAUGGCCAGUUUGACCAAUCAAACUGGGGUCAAGCCGAGUACGAGAAGCUCCUAUAUGCCUGGCUACUCCAAGAAUUCAAGGUCGGCAAGACUCGCAAUCCAUACGGGUUUCGCUACUUUGAACUGCAGAAUGUUUGUUCCGCCUGGGAAUACGUUUUCCUUCCCAUCGUCACUGCCGUUCGGGAUUCCUACGACGUCAAAGGUCGUAAAUACUACGGUCGACUUGCCAACUUUAUCGAAGAGAGGUCUCCUAGUCGUCUCGCGUUUCCACAAGGCAGCAGUGACGUACACGCCGAACCUAUGAGCACGGCUAUGCCGCGUCGUGUGAUGUCUUUCUCAAAGAAAGGGCAGCGCGUGAGCGCUACGGCGCAGAAGCUUUCGCCUAUCAAGAGCACACCAACGCGUGAGCGGACUUUCAUCACUGCAGCAGACAUUGCUGAAGUGGAUGCGGAGCUAAGGAUCGUGUCGGAGAAAUACGGAGGUGUCAUCGAGCGGCCGAAGUACAAAAAGAAUAUAAAAGAAUGGCUUGCUUUGCAGAAGGAUCGUGCUAAGCAGAGGAAACGCUUCAAGAAUUCGGCUGAUGACAACAGUGGCGAGAGUUCCAUGUUCGGUUGUAGGGGCAUCGACUCACCGGGCAGUCCUACUCAAGCGUUCCAGGCGCGACGUUCUAAGAGUUUUCGAUCGGUAGAGGGUGGUCGCUCACCUGUAUCGCCUUUGUCACCUAUAUUCGCUCCUUCAAUAGGUUCGUCGGACGGUGAGGCGGGGAGCAAGGACAAAAGCGACGGAACGAAGACAAAGCUGAAGCGUCUUGUACCCUUUGGCAUGUAUGGAUAUGCGGACGCAGAUGCCGGUCAACCGUCACCAAAGAGUUCUGAUCACGGCGUCACUCGCUUUGUCGAGUUACCUGAGACGCCUCCCAAGCCUAGUCACGAGAACACCUCUUCGGACGUGGCGAAAGACGAAGAAGACCAGCCAUGGACAAAGCCAGUUGCUCCUUUUGCUAGUCCGACCUUCGAACGGAAAUCAUCUGAUGGUGUCUAUACAGCGAUACGAAACUCGAAUCCAUUCAAUGAAGAUUACGGAACUCCACGCAAGGGACUAGUGCUUGAGGAGGAUAUGGACGACAUGUCUGUAUACUCUACUAUGGGUCCACCGAGCGCGAUUCCGGAGCCUCUUUUCAGGAGAGACGCCAACCAUAGCAAGUAUGAGGAAGAGGGCGCACGUAGGCCAAGCUACGAGGGAACUGCAUACGGCCAUGUCAUGCCAUCCGCCUUCGUCGAGCAGAAGAUGGAAGCGAGUCCGGACCAGGCGCAGAAACAACCACAGCCAACUAUCAUUCUCAAUAACAGGCCGAACCGAGCUCCUGAGCCAUUGCAUUUGCAUCCAAUCACCAAGUGGGCCAUCCGAUCUACCGAGUCGAUCCCAGAACGCACCCCAUGGUCGGGUACGGGGUCCCCCAGCACAUCUUCCAUAUCGCGAACCGGAUUUUCACCCGGAGACAAAGAUUUUGUUGACCAUGGCCCACCUCCCCCUAUACCAAUGAGGAGUCCGCGGCGUGCGCAAACUGUUCGGGUGAGCAGCAAUAUCAGCAACGGCCAGGAAUCCUCGUCGGGCUCUCCUCGCAUGCGUCGUAUCCUGGAAAAGUCCAUGACGCGGUCCUCUUCGGUUCACAGCGGCGAGUCAAACUUGACCACAUCUAGCUCUUCAAAUGCUCCGGCUAAAAUAUCGCGAGAGAAUAUUCGCGCGCGUCUUGCUCUAAGUAGAAAUACCGUUGGCCUCAAUUCCGGUGAGAAUGCAGCUGGAAAACUAGCGACAACAACAGAGGUUGGGAAGGAAACGGAGGAUGAGCAGAAGUCUCCGCAACGCCAGCAAGGAAACAAUGAGCUCGUGGGCAACAAGCACGAGGGGAACCAUGCCAGCCACCCUUCUACUUCGCGUUCCCAUCCUUUCAAUACUUUCAACAAACACCACUUCCCCCACAACAAGCUCGGUCAAGACUCUCCAAACUUGAGCCCCGAUUACUUCUAA